GAGGCUGCGUCAUAGUCCAAUCAUAAUUCUGAGGUGAAACACACCGAUCGAAUACCUCGACUAUGCACUAUGCACCUCAAAUCACUCCUGCGUUUCCCCCUUCGGCCAACCUGAAUAACACUCGAAGUCGUUACCUCACUCCUUCCCAACUCGCUCUUCGAUAUUGACAUAACCACCCUUCUGCAAAGUCAGACUCCCAUUCACCUACAAGAAGCAACCCCGCCCACUGCCUCCAACAUGGAACGCAAGAAUAGACCCGCGUCGAUUCCAGUGUCACCCUCCAUGGCUCAACCCAUUGUCGACCUCACCGACAACGUCCUCACUGCUCGUCUUCCCAGCGGCGACUCGGUCACUGUCUACCUCUACGGAGCACAUGUCACAUCGUGGAAGACGUCCAAUGGGCAAGAACAACUAUUCCUCUCCAAAGCCGCUGCUCUCGAUGGCUCCAAACCCAUUCGAGGUGGCAUCCCACUCGUGUUCCCAGUCUUCGGCCCUCCUCCGAAAUCACACGCAACCGGUCAACUACCACAGCACGGAUUUGCAAGAAACAGCUACUGGGAGUUCCUGGGCAAGAACAGCAGCGAGAGUCUAGGCCGGAAAUCCGACGACAGUGUCAAGUUGGACUUUGGUCUGAGCAAUUCGAUGCUUGACGACGGCACAAGAAAGAAGUGGCCAUAUGAGUUCGGAUUGGUCUACAGCGUCACACUGAGCAAGGGCAAGUUGGAGUGUCAAAUGCACGUGCAGAACAAGGGCAGCGAGUCAUUCGAGUUCCAUGUCCUGCUCCACACAUACCUGGCUAUCAAGGACAUCAGCAAGACCGCCGUCAAAGGCUUGAAGUCAUCACCGUACGUCGACAAAGUCCGCGAAGCCAAGACCUUUACCGAAGAAUCGUCCUCUUUGAGUUUCGAAGGCGAGACCGAUCGUGUCUACACACCACCAACAGGCCAAGGUAACUCGCUAGUGCCACUGGUCGUAAUGGAGGGUGGUCAAGAGAGCUUUGUGGUGACACGGGAUUCACUACCAGAUGUGACGGUAUGGAAUGGAUGGGUCGACAAGAUCAAGGGCAUGGGCGACUUUGAACCGAAAGACGGUUGGAAGAGAUAUCUGUGCAUAGAGCCAGGAACCGUGAGUACGUGGACGAAGCUCGAAGCCGGCGACGCGUGGGAGGGUGGUGCUGCUUACGAGAGCAAGUUGUAACGACAGCAAUGACCUAAAUGAGAACGAAAAGGAGCAGACGAUCCGUCCAUCCAUAGAUGGCAUGAGACCUUCAAAAGUGGUACACAGUCGAGUCUUCACACCGAGAUAGAGCGUUGAUCUACCCAUUAGCAUGCAACCAGAGACUUCAAUUACGCAUCUUUCUCAAUUCAAAGUG